GGCAAGUAACCAAGAUGGCGGUCGUCCUUAGAUGUCACACGGCGGAUCGUUUGUUUACGAUUAUCAAAAAGUUCAAAAUCCAACACGCUAGAACACUUAUUCACAUCAAGAAUGACUUAUUUUCCAAUCGCCAAGUGUAUAAAUUGAUAAGGAGCGGCGGAAUGUGUUCGUUAGACAAGGAGAAAAUUCGUUGGUGCUCGAAGGAUUCAAAAGAGGAGGAAACAUCAAAAAAUCUAAUGGAAUUCCCUCCGGUCGUUUGGCCGGGUUUGUUUAUGUCCAUUAAAAACUGGAUUCUGACUAAACUCAUUAUUCAGCCCUACUUCGAACCAGAAUUUGAUCAGCCCAGUUUCCUUAAAGGUGCUAAACAGGCACUUGUACAUGUAUCUAAUCUACUCGCCAAAGGUGAUAUCGAUGCUCUAAAAGGACUAAUUACUAGUGAGGCACUUUCUGAAAUACAAAGAAGUUACACCAUUAUGAAUUUAAAACAGCGACAAGACUUACAAAUAAAACUGGAAGAAAUCUUCUUCAGUUUUAUCUAUCAGAUUGGUAUUAUUAUGGAAGACGAUUCAAAGAAACGUUAUGUCGAAAUCACUGUUGUCUGUCACUGUAUACACGGAAUAGAAGAUUAUCAAGACGAUGUUACUCUAAGCGGAAUAAAGUCCAACUUAACACAGAAUAUCGAAAAAGUUACGGUUUGUAAUUACAGAUUUAUUCGAGAAUUCACCAAAGGAGUCGAGGACAGCUGGAUAAUCAACAAGUUAAAUCACUUCAAACUUAAACAGCUAUAAACAUUUAGAUAAGUUCACUAUGGAGAUUAAAACGAACUUGUACAUAAGAUAUUAAAAGUAAUGAAUUGAUGCUUGUGCAAAUUAUUAUUUUAAACGUGUGUUUUCUUCGACUCUAAACUACACAAUUUAGAAAUUAUAAAGUUAAUGUAUUGAAUAUGAUAGGACAUAGUGUUUAAAUUUAUUUUGGA